AUGUCAUCCUCUGAAUCGAAAUCUCAACGCACAAUCUCACCUCUCGUGUAUCCACCCGCACAAGAACACAAGACGACCAUAAUCAUUCUGCAUGGUCGGGGCUCUACCGCCCUGAAGUUUGCUCAGCCAUUGCUCACCCAAGAAGUGUCUCCUGUGGAUACAGCACCAGCAACCUGCACAGGAUCGCCCGAGGAAGGCUCACCACCAUCCACGAAGACUUUCCAGCACCACUUUCCAAACACGAAAUUCAUAUUCCCGACUGCACCACUACGAAGAGCUGCGGUCUUCAAGCGAAGUCUCAUACACCAAUGGUUCGACAACUGGUCUCUGACAGAACCGGAGCUUAAGCAACACUUGCAAGCUCAGGGUCUGCGAGAGACGAGCGCUUACAUACACGACUUGCUCAGAGAUGAGAUUAAGAUUGUUGGAGCGAGCAACGUUGUACUCAUGGGUCUCAGUCAAGGCUGCGCCGCUAGUAUUGUUGCCAUGCUUCUCUGGACAGGUGAGCCAAUUGGAGCUUUGGUGGGAAUGUGUGGCUACUUGCCGUUCCGCAAAGGGAUGCAUGAUUCCGUGGAGGAUACGGACUGCUUGGAGACCGAAUCGCUGGUUGGAUCUGAUAGAGAUCAAGAAGACAUGUUUGAGCGACAUGAAGAAGCUUCUAUGAGUGGUUCGAAGUUUGAGAGAGCUGUCGGUUGGUUAAGAGAAGAGCUAGGAUUAGUCCCAGUUGAGAAUGGACUUGCUGGGCAAAAUGCCGCUUUGCAGUCAACACCGGUCUUCAUGGGUCAUGGAAGGGAUGACGAAAAGGCGGCAUGGAAGUCAAUGUUCAAUGGCAAGAAUAUGCAGGGCUAG